AUGACGGGGUGGCUGUUCCUGCUGGCCCUGCUGCUGGGCGAGUCGGGGACGCGUGCUCUCGUCUGCCUGCCCUGCGACGAAUCCAAAUGCGAAGAGCCCAAGAGCUGCCCCGGCAGCAUCGUGCUGGGGAUCUGCGGCUGCUGCUUCAUGUGCGCUCGGCAGCGGAACGAGAGCUGCGGGGGAGUCUAUGGGCUGCACGGAGCUUGCGACCGGGGCUUGCGCUGUGUCAUCCGACCGCCGCUCAACGGGGACUCCAUCACCGAGUACGAAGUGGGCGUCUGCGAAGAUGAAAACUGGGAUGAUGAUCAGCUUCUUGGAUUUGAACCGUGCAACGAAAACCUCAUAACAGGUUGUAACAUAAUCAACGGGAAGUGCGAGUGUGACACCAUUCGGACCUGUAAUAAUCCGUUUGAGUUUCCGAGCCGGGAUACUUGUCUGUCGGCCUUAAAAAGGAUUGAAGAAGAGAAACCUGAUUGCUCCAAGGCUCGCUGUGAGGUCCAGUUUUCUCCUCGAUGUCCAGAAGAUUCCAUCUUGAUUGAAGGCUAUGCACCUCCUGGGGAAUGCUGUCCCCUCCCAAGCCGUUGUGUGUGUAACCCUGCAGGCUGCUUGAGGAAGGUUUGCCAACCUGGCUAUUUGAAUAUAUUGGUUUCUAAGGCAUCAGGAAAGCCAGGGGAAUGCUGUGAUCUCUAUGAAUGCAAGCCAGUGUUCAGUGUGGAUUGCAGCACGGUCGAGUGUCCUCCUGUUCAGCAAGUUGUUUGCCCCCUGGAUAGCUAUGAAACCCAAGUCAGGCUGACGGCCGAUGGCUGCUGCACCCUGCCCACAAGGUGCGAGUGUCUCACGGGUCUCUGCGGUUUCCCCAUGUGCGAGGCGGGCUCCGUGCCGCAGAUCGUCUCGCGGGGCGACGGGACGCCCGGCAAGUGCUGCGACGUCUUCGAGUGCGUCAACGAAGUGAAGCCAACCUGCAUAUUUAACAGCAUGGAAUACUAUGAUGGAGACAUGUUCCGGAUGGACGCGUGCCGCUUUUGCCGGUGCCAGGGGGGAGUCUCUAUCUGCUUCUCUGCCCAGUGUGGUGAGCUGCACUGCGACAGGUACUACGUGCCCGAAGGAGAGUGCUGCCCAGUCUGUGAAGACCCGCUCUAUCCAGUGAGUAACCCUGCUGGCUGCUAUGCCAACGGCCAGAUCCAGGCGCACGGGGACCGCUGGCGCGAGGACGACUGCACCUUCUGCCAGUGCAUCAACGGGGACCCGCACUGCGUGGCCACCGCCUGCGGGCAGAGCUGCCUCAACCCCGUCAAGGUCCCCGGGGAGUGCUGCCCUGUCUGUGAAGAACCAACGUAUAUCACAAUAGGUCCACCCACCUGUGAGGUUUUGGUGAACUGCACUUUGACUGAAAAAGACUGUAUCUAUAGCUUCAAGCUGGACCAAAAUGGUUGUCGCAUUUGUCAGUGCAAAACUAGGGAGGAGCUGUGCACCGGCCUCAUUUCGGGCUGUUCCUUGGAUUGUUCCUACGGCUUCCAGACUGACGCCCACAACUGUGAGAUCUGUCAGUGCCGGCCGCGGCCCAAGAAGUGCAAACCCAUUGUAUGUGACAAGUACUGUCCCUUUGGAUACUUGAAGAACAAGCAUGGCUGUGAAAUCUGUCGGUGUAAGAAGUGCCCCAACCUGCCUUGUGGUAAAAUCUGUCCAUUGGGCUUCCAGCAGAACAGUCAUGGCUGUGUUAUCUGCAAGUGCAGAGAGGCAACGGCUUCUCUUAUGCCUCCUGUUAAAUCAGGCUCCUGCCUGUCCAUGGACGGGCGCCGGCACGAGAACGAGGAGAGCUGGCACGAUGGCUGCAGGGAGUGUUACUGCCACAAUGGACGGGAGAUGUGUGCCUUGAUCACCUGCCCCGUUCCCAACUGCGGCAACCCCACCAUACAUCCAGGGCAGUGUUGUCCAUCGUGUCCAGAUGAAAUAAUAGUGCAAAAGCCAGAGCUCACCAGUCCAUCAAUCUGCCAUGCCCCUGGUGGGGAGUACUUUGUGGAAGGAGAGACAUGGAACAUUGAUUCUUGCACACAAUGCACAUGCCACAGUGGACGUGUCCUGUGUGAGACUGAAGUCUGUCCACCUCUUCUUUGUCAAAACCCCACCCGCACCCAGGACUCCUGCUGCCCACAGUGCCCAGAUGAGACUCUUCAGCCCUCUCCAUCAAGCAAUGAGAGCAUGCCCAGUUACUGCAAAAACGAUGAUGGAGAUAUUUUUCUGACAGCUGAGUCCUGGAAGCCCAAUGUCUGCACUAGCUGCAUUUGCAUGGAUGGUGUGAUUAGAUGCUACUCUGAGUCUUGCCCACCAGUAUCCUGUGAGAGACCUGUUUUGAGAAAGGGACAGUGCUGUCCUUACUGUAUUGAAGACACAGUUCCAAAGAAAGUGGUCUGCCACUUCAGUGGGGAAACCUAUGCAGAUGAGGAACGCUGGGACAUUGACAGCUGCACACACUGCUACUGCCUGCAGGGUCAGACUCUCUGCUCCACUGUCAGCUGCCCACCUCUGCCCUGUGCUGAACCCAUCAACGUGGAGGGAAGCUGCUGUCCCAUGUGCCCAGAGAUGUAUGUACCUGAACCCACUAACAUCCCCAUUGAGAAGACAAAUCACCGAGGAGAUGUUGAACUAGAAGUACCAAACUGGCCAACACCGAGUGAAAACGAUAUAAUCCACAUUCACAGAGACAUGAACCAUCUGCAGGGAGAAUACCGGAGUGGCAGUGGGCCACACCCCAGUGAAGAUGCAUCCGUCAGCUCUGUUGCCUUGGUGACAAUCCCAAUCACGAUAGCGCUCUUGCUGAUCAUCGUGCUCCUGCUCAUCAACCAGAAAAAGCAGUGGAUUCCAGUGUCCUGCUACAAAGCUCCAACAAAGCCUUCUUGCCUAAACAAUCAACUGGUAUAUGUGGACUGCAAGAAAGGUACCAUGGUCCAGGUGGACAGUUCUCAGAGGAUGCUAAGAAUUGCAGACCCAGAUUCAAGAUACAGUGGAUUUUACAGCAUGCAGAAACAGAACAACCUCCAGGCAGAUAAUUUCUAUCAAACAGUUUGAAGAAUUGCACCCUUACCAAGGAUCUAAGAAAAAGAGAGAGAGAGAGAGAGAAAGAGAGACAGUCUGCUAUUAAAAUAAAACUAGAAUUGUGCAGUUGCUUAGUGGAUUGUAUUGGAUUUGUGACUACAUGUACAGCUCUAAGACCUUUCUGGGAUGAGCUCUGACUCCUGCAAUGUGCCAGAAAAAGCAUUCCCACUUUUCCUUGAGAUAACUGACCAAGUGUUUUCUUAGAACCAAAGUUUUAAAACUUGUUAAGAUGUAUUUGCUUGUAACAUAGCUAUAAAGGUUUUUUGGGAGGGGGAAUCAGGGGCUAGGGGUAGGCAAUGAAGUAAAAGGAAGUUUCAGAGAAGAAAAGCUGGUCAUGCUUGGCUGGAGAUGAAAAUAUACUGCCGAGAAGCAGGAUAGUGAUUUUCCUUGUUGCUCUGAAAUUGCAUCUGUUGCAGCAAAAGCCUAACCCCAGGUGAAAAAAAAAUAUGAAAAGGUCUGAUUAUUUUUUUCCAGCUGUUGCUACAGUAAUAUACUCCUAGAACAGAAUUUGUCACAUCACAGGUGUGGUGUAGCUGCAAAUAUUUUUCUAUAUGAUGAGAAGCUGCAGUAGUUAAUGAAAUAGCAAGGAAAAGAUUAUAGCAGAAAAUAAAGGGUGGGUUUAUUAAGGAUGUAUAAAAUUAUACCUUGUGCUGCUUUUUGUUUUUAUUUUUGUUUUUAUUUUUGUUUUCUUCAAAGCUGAUUGGCUAGAUUAGCCAGACUUCAGCAGAGUUAGCAAAUGACUGAGGCCUAAGUAAUUCCUGAUAUGAGCACUGGAUCUUUUGACAGCAGUAUUGAAGGGAGGAAGGAAGGAAGGAAAGAAGGAAGGAAAGAUGGAAGGAAAAGUCAAGAACACCAUGCAGUUCCAGGGGCUUUUGUUUGUUUUGUCUGUUGUGGUUUUGUUUUGUUAUUUUAUAUCAAUCUCUGGUUGUUCAUACAGGAGAAGGAAAAAUAUUUUUGUUGGACAAAGCUCUUGCGUACAAGAGAGUAAAAAAGAGACUGUUUUAAGGUUGUUUUUUUCCUGUUGAUGUUCUUAUUUACUGGUAUGCAGAUUUAGAAACUACUUCCAUGCUAGGAAGCUGCUUAAUUUUAAUUGUAUAUUACUCAAGCACCUUUUUUGAAGCUCAGAAAAAAAAGGAGAUCAUGCUUCUUUAAACUU